AUGGCAACAACUUCGAAUGAAACAGUAUCGGUUUUACCGACUAUAACUUCAAAUAAUAGUAGUCCACCUCAACAAAUAUCACGUGCAAAUGGAGCAACGAUUAUAUCCAUUCCAACAGCAUCAGCUGAUGCUAUUGCUUCAUUUUCAUGGGGUAAUUAUUUAAAAGAGACGAAUGCACAUGGUGCACCGGCACCCUUACAAGAUAUGUGGGGACAAUUGACACCUGGUAUGAAAGUUGAAGUUAUUAAUACCGAUUGUUCUUAUAAUUUGAAUGAUCCAAAAGAAAAAAUUUUUUGGUUUGCUUAUAUCGUUCGUGUUGAAGGAUAUUUAGCUUUAUUACGUUAUGAAGGUUGUGAUGAUGAUAGUUCAAUGGAUUUUUGGUGUAAUCUAUGUAAUAAAGAUGUUCAUUGUGUUGGUUGGUGUGGACAACAUGGUGUUAAAUUAGCACCACCAAGAAGUAUUGAACAUCGACAAACCGAUUGGAAAACAUUUCUUGUUAAUAAAUUAGUUGGUGCAAAAACAUUACCCGAUAGUUUUCGUCCUAAAAUUCAAUCAUCACUUCGUUGUCCAUUUAAAAAAUAUAUGCUUUUAGAAGUUAUUGAUAAAUUUCAAGUAGCACAUAUGUGUGUUGGAAAAAUAUCUGAAGUGAUUGGUGGUCGUUUACGAAUUAAUUAUGAAAAUAAACCGGGUGAACAUUUUUGGGUUCAUCAUACGUCUGAAUUAAUACAUCCAGUUGGUUGGUCUUAUGCUGUUGGACAUAAAAUUGAAGCUACUGAUGAAUAUGAAAAUGAAGCAAUGAAAAUAAAUGAAACAAAUUCAUAUCCGGCAUAUAUUGCUACACCUGAUCUUUUUCGUAACGUUCCAGUGAAUUUACCAGAUGAUGAACAAUUUAAGGAAGGACAAAAAUUAGAAGCAGUUGAUCCAUUAGAAAUGUCUCGUAUUUGUCCAGCUACAGUUGGAAAAGUAUUAAAAAAUGGUUAUUUUAUGUUAUCAAUUGAUGGAUCAAGUGCUGAAGAUGGUUCCGAUUGGUUUUGUUAUCAUUCAAGUUCACGUCUUAUAUUUCCAAUAAAUUUUUGUAAAACAAAUAAAAUUCCAUUAUCACCACCACUUGGUUAUCAAGGUGAAUUUGAAUGGGAAAAAUAUUUACUUGAAACGAAUUCUGUUUAUGCACCACAAGAACUCUUUCAAGUUAUCAAAGAAAAAACAAUAAAUCCAUUUACAAUUGGAAUGAAAAUUGAAGCCGUUGAUAUGAUGGCACCACAUUUAGUAUGCGUUGCAGCAAUAGCAAAGGUCGCCGACAAUCUAAUUCGUGUUCGAUUUGAUGGAUGGGGUGAUGAUUUUGAACAAUGGGUUGAUUGUCAAUCAAUGAAUAUUUAUCCGAUUGGAUGGUCUGAACUUGUGGGUUAUAAACUUGAACCACCAAGACAAACUGAACAGGAAAAUACCGAAUUAGUAAAACAACGACCUUGGAAAAAAUCAUCGACUCGAAAAACGAAUAAACGAAAACGACUUACUUAA